AUGGAAGAAAACGAGCAGAAAAAACGCAUCAACGAUGUGAUCUGCGAGAUCACAGGCGCCAGGGAAGCGCACCAGGGCCAGAUUGACGCGGUUCAUCGCCUUGUUCAUCAGCGGAACGAUACAGUGCUCGUUGCAGCUACAGGAUACGGAAAAAGUGCUGUACUCUACGCCUUCUCAGCGAUCACGAAGCUCACUACGGUACAAAUCGUGCCCUUCACGAAGCUGGGCGAGAAUCAGCGCGAUGACAUCGCCCGGGCUGUCCCUUCUUCGAAGUCUGUGUGGAUUGGCAGUAUUACAUUCCCCAGCUUGGCUCCUUUACCCUUACCCCUGACCCCUGAAUACAUUGCUAACUAAUUUUAUCUAGAACCCGAACGUUUAAAAUGAAGUCGUCUUCGUCUUUUUCUUCUUCGUCUUCUUCAUCUUCUUCUUCGUCUUCUUCUUCUUCGUCGUCUUCUUCUUCAUCUUCUUCUUCGUCUUCUUGUUGUAAGGCUUCUAUAGCCUUAGUAAGAGAUGAGAGCUCAGGGGUGCUGCCCAGGCCAGUAAGCUGUGAGCUCGAGUCAUGCCCUCGCAGGAGCAAUGCCUAGCAGCCACCCAAAAGGCCUGAAUCGUCAUUUACUAACGCGCCAGACAUGAUC